UAAUGAAUAAUUAAUAGACAAAUGUUUAACUAUGAUAAUCAACAAAUAUUUCAGGCCAUCGAUGAUUUAAAUUACGAUACAGACAUCGUUAGCACCGGUAUUACAUUCCGUGGGUUUACUGUUUCGAAGGAUUCAAAUCCCAUUAAGAAUACACUAAAUGUUUGCGAAAAACUCUUCUCCUCCGAGGUGUACGGACUGGUCGUGGAGGACGCCUCGCCAUCGGAUUCAAUCAUAUAUACGACAACAUUUCAUAACAUCCCGACGAUCGGCAUUUCCAGUCGCGAGGCCUUACUAUCAGACAAAAGUAUUUACACGACUUAUGGCCGAACUGUGGCCUCGUAUGCAAAUCAGGCGGACGUUUGGGUGGAGAUUUUGGACCACUUUAACUUCAAUUGUGUUGUUUUCAUUCACAGCAAUGAUAUCAACGGAAGACGCGUUCAAAAGAGGUUUGAAGUGUUGGCCGACGCCUCCAAUAUCAAAGUGGAGACAGUCAUUGAAUACGAGCCCUCUUUCCCGGAUAUCUCUAAGCCUUUGGAGGAAACAAAGUUGAGCUCUACUUGUCGUGUGUUUAUAGUGUACACCGAUUAUGAAGACUCUGCGGCCAUAUUCCAGCAGAUCAUUCACCUCAAUAUGUUUGACGCCGGAUAUGUUUGGAUUGUCUCAGAACAGGCUCUUAUGGCUAAGAAUAGGCCGACCGGACUCUUGUCCGUCAAGUUGCAAAAUGUUGACAACACUGAGGGACACAUCAGAGACAGUGUUUUCAUAUUGGGAUCCGCUAUAAAAGACAUGUAUUUCAAGAACAAUAUUACAAAACCUCCGUCAGAUUGCAGAGAUUUAGGUCGAAACAAAUGGGAAAGCGGUUUAAGACUAUUUGAAUAUAUUAAGAAACAGAGUCUAUCGCCGGGAAAGACAGGUCACGUGGCUUUCGAUGAGAGGGCCGACCGAAUCGAUUCAGAGUAUGAGAUCAUUAAUGUUAAUAACAAUCAAAUGAAUGAAGUGGUCGGACAAUACCACUACUCUCACAGCACAUCAAAAAUGAUCUUAACUUUAAAUGAGAGUAAAAUAGUUUGGUCUGAAAACAGUCCGACCAAACCAUUUGGUUACGAAGUGCCCAACCAUUUCAGAGUGGCCACAAUUAAUGAGAAGCCAUUUGUUUGGGUCAGUCCUGCCGAUGUUGACGGCUAUUGUCCGCCGCGACAGAUCCCAUGCCCUCUCUUCAACUCGACGACCGGAACGGAACAUAAAUUCUGUUGCGAAGGCUAUUGCAUGGAUUUGCUGAAGACAUUAGCUUUUCAGUUGAAUUUCACGUAUUCUUUACAUCAGGUGGAGGACGGACUGUACGGCGGCUUCAGUUUUGUUAACAAUUCUCAGCGCAAAGUGUGGACGGGUUUAGUAGGCGAACUCUAUUACAACAGAGCGGAUAUGGUUGUGGCGCCCCUCACCAUAAACCCCGAGCGAUCUCUGGCCAUAGAAUUUACAAAACCAUUCAAAUAUCAGGGAAUAACUAUUCUGCAAAAGAAACAAUCGAUUCAUAGACUCCGUCACCCGUUGGCCUCAUUUCUGCAGCCCUUCCGCAACGGUUUAUGGGUGUCUGUGUUUGUGUCCGUACAUGUGGUGGCGCUGGCCCUCUAUCUCCUCGACAGAUUCAGUCCAUUCGGAAGAUAUAAACUCCCGAACUGUGACGCCACUGAAGAGGAUGCGCUCAACCUGUCGAGUGCCAUAUGGUUCGCGUGGGGAGUCCUUCUCAAUAGCGGUAUAGGAGAGGGAACUCCACGAAGUUUUAGCGGUCGAGUGUUGGGUAUGGUUUGGGCGGGUUUUGCGAUGAUUGUGGUCGCCUCCUAUACGGCUAAUUUGGCCGCUUUCCUAGUGUUAGACCGACCGGAGACACCCCUCACAGGCAUUAAUGACCCGAGACUUAGGAAUCCCAACCCAGACUUCAAUUACUCGACAGUGAAAGACAGUUCAGUUGACAUGUAUUUCCGACGACAAGUGGAACUGACGAAUAUGUAUAGAAGAAUGAGGACUAUGUAUGAGAACGCAGAGGACGCCAUCGCAGCCGUGCGAUCAAGUAUUGUCCAACUCGUGGAUCAAUCACUUCCACAAAACAUUAACCCACUUAUCUUUGCAGACGAAUUGAGUGCAUUUAUAUGGGAUUCGGCGCGACUGGACUUCGAAGCGGCCAAAGACUGUGAGUUAAGCACAUCCGGAGAGCUGUUCGGGCGCUCGGGUUAUGCGAUAGGACUGACAAAAGGGAACAGUUUUUGGACCAAAAAAGUGACUCUCGCUCUGUUGGGAAUGCAUGAAAUCGGUUAUAUGGAAGAGUUGGACAACAAAUGGAUUUUUCUGGACGAACAGAUCUGUGAGGAGAGGAGUGAGAACUUUCCGGCCACUCUUGGGCUCAAGAAUAUGGCCGGAGUUUUCAUAUUAGUCGGAAUCGGAAUAUUCGCCGGAAUCGGACUCAUUAUGUUUGAAAUCGUCUACAAAAAGCGGUCGACAUCUAAACAAAAGCGCAUAGAAUUGGCCCGAAAUGCUGUCGACAAGUGGAAGGAAGUGAUUGAGAGCAGAAAAACACUGAUUGAGAAUCUAAAUCAAAGUGCAAAACAACGUCUCUUCCAAAAGCGUAAACACAGAUAUAAUCAAAGUUUAAAACACGACGAGACAUACGACGAGACAUACUUCGAGACCCCUUUCGACACAACGCCCUAUACUGUGGAGAAGGGUCUGAAUGCCAUUAAAGGGGAUUUGAGUGAUAAAUCUCAAGAGAUUCGGCCGAGACUUAGGAGAGAGGGUUCGUUAGGCAGUGAAUCAGAACUGAAUGUCUCGCAAAUUGAUUUGCAAUUUCCCAAAAUUACUGGUAAUACCAAGUCUUCAUUCAAAUCAUCUAAAUCUCGGACUCAGAUUCCCAGCGCAACCACUAAUUACUUAAGUCUAGUCUAAAUGCUAUGAGAAGGGGGUUCAAGAAUAACAAAUAUUUUAUGAUUAAGCAAUAAUUAUUAUUAAAAUGCAUUUAUAUAUAAGUUUUUGAAAUUUACCGUACAAAUGAUUUGUUGGAUA